AUGGGAAAGCUCACCUCAUUUUAUCUUUGUGCUUUCAAUAUCGUUCAAUUCUCUAUCCACCUUUUCUUGUUCUACUACGUAUUUGCCACGCAUUUUCAAGGAAGCUAUCAAUGGAAUGACUUUGGCUGGCUACUAAAGUUGGGAACAAUCACCCAACUGAUGGACAUUCCCCAUUCUUUUUUGGGAAUCACUCGAACAAGCACGCAAGCUUGUUUGAUCCAGGUACUGGGACGUUUGACAAUCAUCUAUCUCGUUGAGGGGAAUCCCUAUUUGCAUGAAGCCAACUCAACACUGGUUCUUCUUUUCGCUUACAUGGGCGUCGAAUUGUUCAGAUAUCCAUUCUAUGCUUUCAAAGCCCUUAACCACGAGGUUUUCGCGCUGACUUGGCUUCGCUACUCGGUUUGGAUGUUCUUUUAUCCAUUGGGACUCACCAUGGAGGCUGUGACAAUGAUUCGUUCAAUUCCUUGGUAUUAUGCAUCGGGUCGCUAUUCUCUCGCAAUGCCGAAUGUAUUCAAUUUCGGUUUCAAUAUGGGCGUCUUUCUCACUCUCUUUGUUUCCACUUGUUUUCUCCCGGUUUCCCUUUUUUUGCUCGGACAUAUGAAUGCUCAAAGAAAGAAAAAACUAUCGGUCACACAAAAAAUCGAA